AUGGCAAGAGGCUUGGUUAAGCAUAGAGUUGGAGCUGGGCAGAGCACAAGCUUAUGGAAUGACUACUGGUUCCCGAAUGGUCCCAUUGCAAUUCAACUUGGCUUCACUGAUGUGAAAAUUCUUCAACUGGAUCCCCAAAUCAUAGUUGAUAGCCUAAUUUCCAACCAUCAGUGGACCAUUCCCAGCUCACUACAUCAUAUCCCAUUCUUCCAAAGUCAAGACUUCAAUACACAGCUCCUUAGCUUGCCCUUUCUAACCACUAAUCCAGAUCAUAUGGAAUGGCUUCCAAGCUCAACAAGGGAUUACUCUCACAGACUCACUAUGGAUUACUUUGCAGCUUCUUCUCUGGUUUUUGCUUGGGACCAUCUUAUAUGGUUCAAACACCACAUCCUAAAGCAUGGUUUUAUUGCUUGGCUUGCCCUUAAGGAGAGAUUAGCAACACUGGAUACUAAACCAAUACAGAAGAAACAUUAUACCAAUGCUUGUUACCUUUGCCUAUCAGCUGAAGAAUCUGUGGACCAUUUAUUUUUCAAAUGUCCUACAACAACCUCAUUUAGAAUUUCAUUCAGCAUGCUGCAGGUUACUACAUCAAUCCUAACAAUUGGAGAGAUCUGA